AUGCCUCACUUCCCUGAAGAAAUUGAAUAUAGCGAUAAGUACUGCGACGAUUAUUAUGAAUAUCGUCAUGUCAUUUUACCAAAGCAUUUAUUUAAAAAAAUGACCCGUAAUAAAAUUAUGAACGAAACUGAGUGGCGUUCUCUUGGAGUUUAAUAAAGCAGAGGCUGGUAACAUUAUGAAAUUCAUCGUCCUGAACCCCAUAUUUUACUCUUCAGAAGAGCUAUUGGUACCGAUCCUCAAACUGGAAAACCUCCAAGCGAUUUCAAGCCUCCUUAUUGA